AUGAGUGAAGUGUGGCAAGUUUUCACUAAACAUGAAAAUGGAAUUAAAGUUAUUUGUAAAGAGUGUUCUGGACUAUACAUCAACUCCGGUUCAAAUACAACCAAUCUAUUGAACCAUUUGAAAUUUAAACACAAAAAAAAAUAUAUCGAACUAGAUCGACUUCGAAGAGGAGUAUCUGGUCCUGAAGCUGCUGAUCAUCUUGAAGUAGCAGAUAACGACGCUGAGUAA